GAAGCGCGCAGAAAGCUGGUGAAGAGACGACGAAACUUUUCCCUUUGGAUCAAGUCGGACUGUUAAUAUAUAGUCUCAGAAUGAGCUGGUGGUGGGCUAGAGCUACUGCCUCUGCAAAGAAGAAAUAUGAAGACGAAGAAGCACCACCUCGAAGCUACCAGAGCGUGGGCCUGGUGAUCGGCGUGACUGGCAUUGUCGGCAACAGCCUAGCCGAAAUUCUCCCACUCCCAAACACUCCUGGCGGCCCCUGGAAGGUUUAUGGUGUGGCUCGUCGCCCACGACCCAAAUGGAACGCUAACCAUCCAGUUGAAUACAUCCAGUGCGACGUCUCUGAUUUCCAUGACACUCAAGGCAAGCUUUCCCAAUUAACCGAUGUCACCGACAUCUUUUACGUCACGUGGGCUAGCCGACCAACCGAGGCUGAGAAUUGCGCGGCCAACGGCACCAUGUUCCGCAACGUGCUUCGCGCUCUUAUUCCAAACGCUCCGAAUCUCCGCCACAUCUGCCUCCAGACCGGCACCAAACACUACCUCGGACCCUUCGAGAAAAUCGGCAGUGUAAAAACCCACACUCCACCUUUUACGGAGGAUAUGCCACGUUUGAAUGUGUCGAAUUUCUAUUACACGCAGGAAGAUAUUUUAUAUGAAGAAGUUAAAGAUAAGAAAGGUCUCACUUGGUCCGUCCACCGACCCAACAUAAUAUUUGGAUUCUCCCCCUAUAGCUUGAUGAAUAUAGUAGGCACGCUUUGUGUAUACGCCACUAUAUGCAAGCACGAGGGGCUUCCAUUGAAAUUUCCUGGAAGCAAAGCGGCUUGGGAGUACUACUCAGUGGCUUCGGACGCCGAUCUUAUUGCGGAGCAACAAAUAUGGGCGGUGGUGGACCCUAAUGCUAAGAACGAAGCGUUCAAUUGCAACAACGGGGAUGUGUUCAAAUGGGAGCAUCUUUGGAAGGCAUUGGCGGAAAGAUUUGGGAUUGAGAAGUACGGAUUCGAGGAGGGUGAGAAAAUUAGUUUGGCUGAGAUGAUGAAGGACAAGGGUGAUGUAUGGGAAGAGAUAGUGAGGGAGAAUCAACUGCAACCCACAAAGUUAGAGGAUGUUGGGGUGUGGUGGUUUGCGGACUUCAUCCUGGUUGGGGGUGAUUUUUUGGACAGUAUGAAUAAGAGCAAGGAGCGUGGGUUCUUGGGGUUCAGAAACUCCGUGAAUUCGUUCGUUGCGUGGAUAGAUAAGAUGAAAGAUUACAAGAUUGUACCUGAGCUGAAGAUCAGAGAAGUCACAAAGGGCGAAGAUCACACCAUUCGGAAACUGUUAGACGACGAAACUUUGCCCUUUGGAUCAAGUCGGACUGUUAAUAUUAGUCUCAGAAUGAGCUGGUGGUGGGCUAGAGCUACUGCCGCUGCAAAGAAGAAAUAUGAAGACGAAGAAGCACCACCUCGAAGCUACCAGAGCGUGGGCCUGGUGAUCGGCGUGACUGGCAUCGUCGGCAACAGCCUAGCCGAAAUCCUCCCACUCCCAGACACCCCCGGCGGCCCCUGGAAGGUUUAUGGUGUGGCUCGUCGCCCACGCCCCAAAUGGAACGCUAACCAUCCAGUCGAAUACAUCCAGUGCGACGUCUCUGAUUUUCAUGACACUCAAGGCAAGCUUUCCCAAUUAACCGAUGUCACUGACAUCUUUUACGUCACGUGGUCCAGCCGACCAACCGAGGCCGAGAACUGCGAGGCCAAUGGUGCCAUGUUCCGCAACGUGCUUCGCGCUCUUAUUCCAAAUGCUCCGAAUCUCCGCCACAUCUGCCUCCAAACCGGCGCCAAACACUACCUCGGACCCUUCGAGAAAAUCGGCAGGAUCAAAAUCCACACCCCACCUUUUACGGAGGAUUUGCCACGUUUGAAUGUGUCGAAUUUCUAUUAUACACAGGAAGAUAUUUUAUAUGAAGAAGCUAAAGAUAAAAAAGGCCUCACUUGGUCCGUCCACCGACCCACUACAAUAUUCGGAUUCUCCCCCUAUAGCUUGAUGAACAUAGUAGGCACGCUUUGCGUAUACGCCGCUAUAUGCAAGCACGAGGGGCUUCCAUUGAAAUUUCCUGGGAGCAAAGCGGCUUGGGAGUACUACUCAGUAGCUUCGGACGCCGAUCUUGUUGCGGAGCAACAAAUAUGGGCAGUGGUAGACCCUAAUGGUAAGAACGAAGCGUUCAAUUGCAACAACGGGGACGUGUUCAAAUGGGCGCAUCUUUGGAAGGCGUUGGCGGAAAGAUUUGGGAUUGAGAAGUACGGAUUCGAGGAGGGUGAGAAAAUUAGUUUGGCUGAAAUGAUGAAGGACAAGGGUGAUGUAUGGGAAGAAAUAGUGAAGGAGAAUCAAUUGGAACCCACAAAGUUGGAGGAUAUUGGGGUGUGGUGGUUAGCGGACUUGAUCCUGAUUGGGGGUGAUUUUUUGGACAGUAUGAAUAAGAGCAAGGAGCGUGGGUUCUUGGGGUUCAGAAACUCCAUGAAUUCGUUCGUUGCAUGGAUAGAUAAGAUGAAAGAUUACAAGAUUGUGCCUUGAAAUAAAUCAAUGUCAAUGUUCGAUUGAAUCUGCUUUUGCUAUUGCAAUAUUAAUAUAUAGAAUAACCAUGCAUGCUAGCUAGGGAAGCAUGCUUUUUUGUUC